GGGGAGUUAAUCUAAUAUUUGUUUACCUUUGGAGUCGUGGUCGGUUGGGAGAAGAUAUUGCAUAGUUCUGAUGAUUCUCCCCAUGUCCUGAUGACUACAAAGAACAUACAGCAAUGACUUAAGGAGGUAUAUCUUGAGUACCUAUCUUCUCCUUGUGUUUUGUAUGUUACAUCUGAGCGAAGUAAGAUAUAAAACAGAUAAUUGGUCUGGCCGCUGAUUGUUGAAGCAGGAUGUUGUCCACGCCACUACAGAGACGACAGGCCGUCAUUUUUAUCCUGGGAUGGCUCGCUUACGCCUCCACGUAUUUGCUGCGAAAACCUCUAGGUGUUGUGAAGACAGACUUAGAAGAGUCACUUUCUAUUGGUAAAACACAGUUAGGAUGGCUAGAUACGGCUCUGUUGCUACCUUAUGCUCUAAUGCAGAUGUUGUUGGGGCCGUUAGGAGACAGGUUUGGACCCAGGAGAACUUUUGGAGUCUGUUUGCUGAUGUCUGCCUUUUUCCAUG